UGCAGCCAUGUCGAGGUCUUUUUACGUAGACUCUUUGAUAAUCAAGGAUACGGUGCGUCCCGCUCCGCUUAACGAGCAUCCCGGACAAGACUUUCUCAUCCCCAUCAGCAUGCACUCCCCGAGCGUUAUGUCCGUCACUGCGCCGCCGUGCCCUUCGAGGAAGACAGGGACGUUCUGCGUCUGCCCGAUGUGCGUCACCUCCCACAUACACUCGCCUCGGGGCGGAAUUCCGAUGCUGAAGAGCCAGUUUCCCGGUACGGAGGUACAAUACUGUCAAAGGAUAGCGCACCAGCAGUCACAGAUAUUAGCGCACCCGGGACACGCGCCGGUCUGCACGCCCACCUACAGCAUCACGGACCCCAGAAGGUACCACUGCCUCGCCAUAGGCGCCUCUGAGAGCAAUCACCUGCAGAAUGGAAAAAGGAUGCGCACGGCUUUCACCAGCACGCAACUGUUGGAGUUGGAGAGAGAGUUCUCCUCGAACAUGUACCUGUCCCGUCUCAGAAGAAUCGAGAUUGCCACGUAUCUGAACCUGUCAGAGAAGCAGGUGAAGAUCUGGUUCCAAAACCGGAGGGUCAAGCACAAGAAGGAGGGAAAGGGCGCGCAGAGGAGCGCGCACAGCGGCUGCAAGUGCGCCAGCGGCCACACGGACUACCCCAGGUCAGAGGAUGAGGAAUCCCUUUCGCCCGCCUCCGCGUUAGAGGACAAAGAGAUAUCACCGAUCUGAAUACAUCACAAACUUAUGACUUCCAUUCCACUUCUGCACUUACUGUCCCGUUUCCCCGGGAGCCCGCGAGCUCAGACCACCUCAGGGCCGUUCAAGUCUACACUCUGUCUGAGGUACAACAUGGGACGCGUGGCAGGUUCUCCUUGAAUUGUGUGUACCCGAUUCCACGGUGACUGUUGAAACAAAACACUUUGUAAAUAUAUGUUGAAACCCGUCACCUGAGCAACAUCAUUGAAGAAAAAAUGUAGUGAUUUGUAAUUCCUCGCAAGUGUUUGUCAAACCAACGUCAAAGUGACUCUCCUAGUUGUCAUACAGGCCCUUAGAGCUAAGACUCUUCUCAGACCUCUCUGAGGGCACUUAGAUGUUGGAUAUCUGAAGUUAUGUGAAU